UUUCAAUGUAUAAUUUGACUCAGAGACAUAAUUGUUAGUAUAAUUUUAAAGAAAAAAGUGCUGCCUGACAGAAUGGACUCCAGAAACUUGGCUAUAGGAAUAGUGAUCUCACUUCAGAUUACACUUGGAAUUCUGGGAAAUGUAUCCUUUCUUUUCCACUAUCUACUCAUUUACUACAAUGAACACACAUUAAAGGCUGUUGACUUAAUUCUCACACAUGUGUUCAUAGCAAAUUCCUUAAUCAUUCUCUCUAGAGGAUUGUGGCUGAUAAUGAGAGCUUUUGAGUGGAAAUGGUUCUUUAAUGAUGUUGUGUGCAAACUUUUUUUAUAUGCACAUAGACUUGGCAGGAGCAUGUCCAUCACUACCACCUGCUUACUGAGUGUCUUCCAGGCCAUCAGCAUCAUCCCUAAUGUCUCCUGUUGUAAAAGCCUUAAAAUCAAAUUGUCAAAAUAUGUUCACAUCUCCAUUUCCUUCCUUUGGAUCCUGUACAUGAUAGUAAAUAUAUUUUUUGCCAUGUAUACAUCUACCAAAAGUAAUAGUCAAAAUAAGACAAACAAGAGACAUUUUGAAUUUUGUGCCUCUCUCAGUCAAGAUAAAAUAGUAAAUUUACUGUACACAACAUUUUGGGUGUUUCCUGAAGUCUUAUUUUCUAUACUCAUUUUAUGUUCCAGCAUCUUCAUGAUUGUCAUACUUUAUGGACACAAAAAGAGAGUUCAAUACAUCCUCAGCACUCAUGCCUCCACCAGAUUUUCCCCCGAAUCCAGAGCCACACAAAACAUCCUGGCCUUGGUUUUCACCUUUUUAGCUUUUAAUACAAUCUCCUCCAUUUCACAAGGCUACAUGGCUCUUUCUCAUAAUUCCAAUCUGUUGCUAAUGAAUAUAACAGCCAUCAUUUCUAUGUGUUUUCCUGCUUUAUGCCCCUUUGUGAUGAGUAAUGAUUUCAUUGUUUUCAGGUUGUACUUUUUCUUGAUAAGGAAUAUGAAAAUGAAAUGA